AUGGCGCUCGACAACUUCUACCGGAACAAAAUCGAAUCGUUAAAGCUUGAGAUCAUCCAAGGCCAAGCUGUCCUCCGUCGAUUAGAAGCACAACGAAAUGAUUACAACUCAAGAGUACGGCUACUGCGGGAAGAGCUGGGUCUUCUACAACAGCCUGGGUCCUAUGUCGGCGAGGUGGUGAAAGUUAUGAGCACAAAGAAGGUCCUGGUCAAAGUACACCCUGAAGGCAAAUAUGUCGUCGACAUUGCGGACAGCGUCGACAUCAGCAAAUUGACCGUCGGCAAGCGUGUGUCCCUCCUUUCCGACUCCUACAAACUCGAGAAGAUGCUGCCCUCCUCAGUCGAUCCCUUGGUCUCUCUCAUGAUGGUCGAAAAGGUCCCAGACAGUACAUAUGACAUGAUCGGAGGGCUGGACCAACAAAUCAAAGAGAUCAAGGAGGUCAUUGAACUUGGUCUCAACCACCCCGAACUCUUCGAAUCUCUGGGUAUCGCCCAACCCAAAGGCGUCCUACUCUACGGCCCCCCUGGAACAGGCAAGACUCUCCUGGCUCGUGCUGUGGCUCACCAUGCCGAUUGCAAGUUUAUCAGAGUCUCUGGUUCAGAACUGGUGCAAAAAUACAUUGGCGAAGGCAGCCGAAUGGUUCGAGAGCUCUUUGUGAUGGCAAGAGAACAUGCGCCCAGUAUCAUUUUCAUGGACGAAAUCGACAGCAUAGGCUCCAGCCGUGUGGAAGGAAGUAGUGGUGGAGAUUCCGAAGUGCAGCGAACCAUGUUGGAACUCCUGAAUCAAUUAGACGGCUUCGAACCUACCAAGAACAUCAAAGUUAUCAUGGCAACGAAUCGACUGGACAUCUUAGAUCCCGCCCUUCUCCGACCAGGUCGAAUUGACCGCAAGAUUGAAUUCCCUCCGCCGAGCGUCGAGGCACGAGCAGACAUUUUGAGAAUCCACUCUCGCAGCAUGAAUUUGACCCGGGGGAUCGAUUUGAAGAAGAUUGCCGAAAAGAUGAAUGGUUGUUCCGGUGCAGAACUGAAGGGGGUGUGCACAGAAGCGGGCAUGUUUGCAUUGCGGGAGCGACGUGUGCAUGUCACCCAAGAAGACUUUGAUCUGGCCACUGCAAAGGUGUUGAACAAACACGAUGACAAGGAAGUCUCUUUGGGCAAACUCUGGAAGUAG